GAUAUCAACUGUAUGAUAUACCUUAUAAAAUAUGAAAUGUGUAUUCGUACUUCAUAAUCAGAAGAAGUCAAGCACAAGUGUUCUAUAACACCCGUUGUCAUAAUAUGGACGUCACGAACAAGAAAUCAUCGCCUGGUGUGGAUGUUUUCGACAAAGCUAACCUGGUCCUAAUGGAGGAAGACGGUGAUAAUCCAGAUGCUCGGAAAUGUGGACUUGGACCCUGUCGACCAGACUCUCUACAGAAAUUUGCCAAUAUUCAAUCGUUUAUUGGCAUUUAUAGUGUUGUUGGUGUUAUGACGUCAUUGAUGACGUCAUAUUUGGGUUCACAAAUUCCUAGUAUAGAGAGGCAGUACGGAUUGAAGAGUAGCUACAGUGGGGUGAUUAUGAGUUUUAAUGACAUUGGUUACUUCGUUUUCAUUCUUUUCAUUAGCUCGUUAGCGAAGUACGUACAUAUUCCACUCAUCUUGUCUGCAGCUUUUGUUCUUUAUGGUAUCUCUGGGAUUCUUUGUAGUGUCCCCCAUUUUAUCAGCCUCGCAAGUAACAGCAUUCAGUUCGUGACCUCUGGUCCACUUAAUUUUGACAACAACGGCAGUAAACCCGCCAUGUCUUCUUCGCAAAACAUUCCAUUGUGUGACCCGUUUUUUAACGGGUCUGAUAUCACAUCUGGCGCAUGCAUGGCUGAAAAUGAUGGUCAAGCGUCCGGAAUAGAAAUGGUUAAUGACGGGAUCAGACAGACGUUUCUUGCGUUUUUCGGGAUUGGUAUGAUGUUACAGGGUGUCGGUAAAUCUUUGAGGGGUCCAUUUGUCACUGUCUACGUAGACGACAACGGUAAACGAAGCCGGACAGGUUUCUACAUGGGUGUCAUCGUGGCAUUAGCGAUCUGUGGUCCUGUACUGGGAUAUAUAUUUGGAGGGAUGCUGAGUCGAGUCUACGUCACAUUAGAAGAUGUUGAUAUGUCACCACGCGACCCGCGAUGGGUCGGGGCGUGGUGGAUGGGUUUCCUAGUAUUUGGUGCUUGUAGCAUUAUCUUUUCCCUCCCGCUCGUCCUGUUUCCCAGGAACCUGAAAAAACAGCCGGCGCUUAAAAUUGAAGGCAAGGCACGAUCAGAAAUGAGUCGAAAGGAAAAAAUAAAAGAGGGAGCCUUGUCGUAUUGGCGAAUAGUGAAAAACCCAGUCUACAUGGCACAGAUGGUCAGCACAACGCUUGAUAUGGGUGGCAGGGCUGGGUAUUACGCAUUCCUCUCCAAGUAUAUACACACGCAGUUCAGCAUCCCUCUCUGGCAGGCCAACAUCACUCUCGCUUUCGCCAACAUAUCGUCCGUUGCUCUCGGAUCCUUCUUUGGCGGUUUAAUUUCCCGACGGGUCAAACUCACGCCUUGUAAGACGCUUGGAAUACUUGUUGCGUUUCACGCUGUUAACAUGAUUCUCUUUGCUGGUGGAUUGCUGCUUGGGUGUGAUCAACCAGAAAUAAUUGGGCCGAAUAGUAAAUAUUCCGAUAAACUUCCAUCUGUUAAUUACUCGACAAUAUGCUCAUCUAACUGUGGCUGCAAAGAAGACGAUUUCUUUCCAAUUUGUGGGUCAAAUGGAGUCAAUUUCCAUUCUCCGUGUUACGCCGGGUGUGAAUCCCCAUUAGGAAAAGGUGGGAAUUUUGUAAACUGUACAUGCAUACCGGACGGAAGAGCCUCCGCGGGACUGUGUGAGGCGGACUGUGGAAUGUUGUAUCCUUUCGCCGUUUUAAGUUUUGCUGCUGGAUUCAUAUUGGCUCUUUCCAUUUCACCGAGUAUCAUAGCAAAAAUAAGAUGUGUCGAGGACCGCGACAAAUCGACCUCCAUUGGACUGUCUUCUUUCUUUUCGUCGUUGUUGGGGUUUUUACCAAGUCCAAUUAUUUUUGGGAAAGUAGUGGAUUCCACCUGUUUGAUCUGGCAAAAAAGUUGUCAGUCGGAGGGCGCAUGCUUACUCUACGAUAAUGUCGACUUCCGGUUGAAAAUCCACCUGAUUCCUCUUAUUUAUAUGUUUGCGGGAAUGUGUUGUUUGUCUUUCGCAUUUUAUAAAGUUCGUUCGUUGAAAAAAUGGUCAAGUGAAGAAACCGAGGAAUAUGAAGCUGUUCUAUAUUUGGCAGAGAAUGAGAAAGCGGAUAAAAAUGAUUCAAAUUCUACAGGAACAGAGAAAACUCCCAAUGCACAGGACAUGAAAAUCUAAAAGUAUUUGUGUAAUAAUACAACUUGCUAAAACCAAAUACUAUACUUUGUUGCAUAGCUUCAGAAUGCCUGGAACUGUUCGUAACAUAUCUACUAUAUAUAUUAUUCAGCACAAAGUUCCGCGGAGUAUUGUUUGGAUGCGUCUUUGCCAAACAUUAUAAAUUCAAUAAAUAAAAUAUAUUAUUUAAUCCAGUAUUAAGUAUAUAUUAUAUAUUAUAUAUCAACGUUUAAAUGACAUACAGUAUAUUCUAUCAACCUUAAUUAAGUUUCUCGAGGCUAAUAUUUCGCAAUGAAAACUCCAACAAGGGAGGUGUUUUUGCUAUUUUGAGUCAAGACUUCAAUCAGUCGUUUGACGCAUAAUCGCAAAAAUCGUCGUUGCAAAAAUUGAAUGAUGACAAGAAAAUAGAUCUAUUUACAAGGUUACUUAAAUUGUGUUUUUAAAUAAAAAAAUCUCUCAAAUUUUCGGCAAUGUUUAUAUUAAAGUGUGCUGAUCUACUUCAUCGACAACACCUGCCAUGUCUGUUUCAGUAAAAUCGAAGCAUUGUCACAUCCAUUCUUGAUAAGGAAUAGGGAUAAACGAAAUACGAAUAAUAACAAAACAAUAUUCACAUCGCAUAAGGAAGCAGAACAUUUCCGAAUGAAGUCAUGAUGGCGAUCGUCACAACCGCCUAUAGGGUUCAUCAACUUACGGCUAUCGACACAAUGUUUUCCAUUUUUGUAAGUAAGUUUGAU